CGAAUGCGAAACCAUGCAUUGCCGCAAUCUACGCUGCGCCGCUCGCCUCAUCGUGGCCGCGGUAGCCAUUUUGUCAGACAGCGCCUCGGUGUUCCAGCAUGCGCGUACGGGCGGUGAGCUCUUGAGAGGGGCUGAAGAUCGGACCGUGUGAAGAUAUCCCGUUAAGUUUGCGUACCCGCGUGGACAUGGCGCCGUCCAGGAACGCCGUCCCGGACCGGUGGCCCGACUACACAGACCACGGCGAUGUGGUUCCCGGGACGCGAUUCGUGCCGUUCAAGGCACCGCUUCGCGACGCCAUAUGCUCGGGCCUUCCAGACAACAGGCGGUUCACGCCGGAACGUCUGCUCGAGCAGGUACAGGGCCUAGGCCUCGUCAUCGACCUGACGAACACGGACCGCUACUACGACCCCCAGUGCAUCGUCUCCCGCGGCGUGGCCCACACCAAGAUCAUGUGUCCCGGUGCUCGCGUGCCCAACGCGAAAGUCGUCAAGUCGUUCUUCAACGCCGUCGGCGGAUUCGUCGGGCGGUCCGACAACGACGGCAAGCUCGUAGGGGUUCACUGCACGCACGGCGUUAACAGGACCGGAUACGUGGUGUGCAGGUACAUGGUCGAGAAGCUCGGCAUUGCGCCGGCAAAGGCCAUCGAAGAUUUCCAGAAAGCCCGCGGCCACAAUUUCGAUAGGCAGGAGUAUGUCAGCGACCUGCAAGGGAGAGGUCGGACGUCGCCGACGUAGCAGGGAUGGCGCUGCGAACGGACUGCAAUACACGUCGACGACGUGUGUCUUUUGCUUAGAAACUAGCUUUUAAAAUUACUCGACGCUACGGAACGUACAGAACUCUCAAAAAAUUAGUUUUGCAGGUUUGCAUGCUUCCUCACUGUGGACGUUUAAAUAAAAAUCAAAAGUAUAAUGGUGUUAAAUUUAGAAAAAGAAAUCAAAGAU